CCACCACCAUCAUCUAUCCAUCCACUCCACUUCGUCUUCCUCCUUUUCUUGGUCUUUCUUCUCCUAGCUCGGCGAGAUGAGGAUUUCCAUGGCUCUCGCGGCGGCCGCGCUGCUGCUGCUGCUGUCCAUGGCAGCGGCGGCGGAUAUGUCGAUCGUGUCGUACGGGGAGAGGAGCGAGGAGGAGACGCGGCGGUUGUACGCGCAGUGGAAGACGGAGCACGGCAAGAACUACAACGGCAUCGGGGAGGAGGAGCGGCGGUACCUGGUGUUCAGGGACAACCUCCGCUACAUCGACGAGCACAACGCGGCCGCCGACGCCGGGGUCCACUCGUUCCGCCUCGGCCUCAACCGGUUCGCCGACCUCACCAACGAGGAGUACCGCGCCACCUACCUCGGCCUCCGGAGCAAGCCGCGGAGGGAGAGCAAGGUCACCGGCAGGUACCUCGCCGCCGACAACGAGGCGCUGCCGGAGUCCGUUGACUGGAGGACCAAGGGGGCCGUCGCCGAGGUUAAGGACCAGGGAAGCUGUGGAAGUUGCUGGGCUUUCUCAGCAAUAGCAGCUGUAGAAGGCAUCAACCAGAUUGUUACUGGCAACUUGACCUCUUUAUCUGAGCAGGAGCUGGUUGACUGUGACACUUCGUACAACGAGGGUUGCAAUGGAGGUCUGAUGGACUACGCAUUUGAUUUCAUCAUUAACAAUGGUGGAAUUGACACCGAGGCUGACUACCCUUACAAGGGCAAGGACGAGCGGUGUGACGUCAACAGGAAAAAUGCAAAGGUUGUCACGAUUGACAGCUAUGAAGAUGUAACACCAAACAGUGAGAAGAGUCUGCAGAAGGCAGUCGCAAGCCAGCCUGUCAGUGUUGCAAUUGAGGCCGCUGGCAGAGCAUUCCAACUCUAUUCAUCGGGUAUCUUCACUGGAACCUGUGGAACAGCACUUGACCAUGGUGUCGCGGCUGUUGGCUAUGGCUCGGCGAACGGCAAGGACUACUGGAUCGUGAAGAACUCGUGGGGCGCGAGCUGGGGUGAGUCUGGGUACGUCCGGAUGGAGCGCAACAUCAAGGCAAGCAGCGGCAAGUGUGGCAUUGCCGUCGAGCCAUCCUACCCUCUGAAGACCGGCGAGAACCCCCCGAACCCCGGCCCUACUCCGCCGUCGCCCCCGUCGCCGGCCACCGUCUGCGACGACUACUACACUUGCCCCGACAGCACCACCUGCUGCUGCAUCUACGAGUAUGGCAAGUACUGCUACGCCUGGGGUUGCUGCCCGCUCGAGGGCGCCACCUGCUGCGAUGAUCACUACAGCUGCUGCCCUCAUGACUACCCCAUCUGCAAUGUUCAGCAGGGAACUUGCCUCAUGGGUAAGGACAGUCCACUGGCAGUGAAGGCUCUGAAGCGUACCCUGGCAAAGCCAAACUGGUCUUUCCUUGGGAACAGAGCUAACGGCAAGAAGAGCAGCGCUUGAGCAACUUCAGAACCGUGCUGGACCGUCGACAACCAGCGUGAUUGCAUCUUCGAAUGGUGAUUACCUGGUGGUGAUUGACGAAGACGGAUGCGCAGCGGCGCCGGCGAUCCCUGCGAUGCGCUCUAAGUAAUAUCUGCUUUAUAAUAGAUUUCUGGUGUACAUAAAACCUAAAAAGAACGGGUUCAGUUGGUUACAGAACUGCCAAAUUUGCUCCUGAAUGUAUAUGUAAAAUUCAGCUAGGGUUGCUCCUAAGCUACUAGGCGUCCGGUUCGACGGAACUGCAAAUUGAUAUUGGAACAAUAUAAGGCCAUUGAACUGUUAAUCUAUCAAUUCAUAUAUUCCACAUCA